CUUUGUGCAUCAGGGAUGCCCACUGGCUGUAUAGAGCAGGGAUGGUGUUGCUGAAGGUGCCUGGGAUAUGUCUGAAACUGUAACCGGAGGAUGGCUGCGUGUGACAGGGAGAUAGUGUAUCAUAAGGACAGCUCACAGAGUGAAGAUAUAGAUGAAUGGGAUGAUGCUGCUCUUAUUAAAUCGUAUGAAAAAGCUGUUCAGUCCUUCCAGGACAUGCUAAGAUGUAGUGAUAAAAACCGAAGAUUGGAGGGGGCGGCUGUAUCUGGAGAUGCACAGAAGGACUGCCAGCGAGACCCUAUACCACGUGAUCCUCCCCGGGAGACUGAGUGGGAUAGAGAGGGUCACAGAGAGACUCAGAAAGACGAAGCUGAGAAGUGGAAUAAGAAGAAGAAAGGUCAACCACCUCCACCACUUGCCCCAUCUCGAACACUUGUUUCUAAAUGGAAGGUUGGAGAUCCUUGCAGUGCUGUCUGGUCAGAGGAUGGCUGCGUAUAUCCUGCUAGGGUGAAAUCCAUUGAUCGUGAAACCAGGACAUGCGUGGUGCAGUAUGAUGGUUACGGAAAUACAGAGAGACAUCAGCUUGAUGAGAUUGUGUCUGUAGGAAGUAGUGGAGAUAGCACCCCACCUGUAAAACAGUGGAAGGUUGGUGACCGCUGUUCAGUUCAGUGGUCAGAAGAUGGACAGUUGUACUCGGCAGUCAUUCGCUCUGUAGAUGAGGUGAUGGGCACCUGUGUGGUCGAGUAUGAGGGCUAUAAGAAUGAGGAGGAGCAGAACUUAGCUGACCUGUUGCCUCCAUCCAGCGCCCCACUGCGUACCCGCGGCAAGAAGCAGGCGAGUCCUGCACGACUAGGACUGGACAGCUCAGGGGAUGAGGAGGACACUGAUUGGCUAUACACACGCAGAAGUUCUACUUCUUCCCCAGAUCUCUCUCGCAAUUGGAGGAAGCAGGGGAAGAAAUCUGAUUGGAUGUACACCUUUCCUCCUCCUCCGCCUCCACCACCUCCUCCUCCACCCCCACCUCCCUCGCUUCCUCCCCCACCACCACCCAAGGGGUGUUUCUGGCCCCCUCCUCCACCACCUGUGAGGGCUCAUCUACCAGCAUGGCACAACUGGCCCCCGUCAGCUCCCCUCCCUCCCCCUCCUCCACCCCCUCCUUUUUUCAGCACAGACUGGGAGGAUUAUGAUGAGGAAGAACAGGAAGAUGAAGAUGUUCUGGCCUGUAUGCUAAUGGCCUGGUACAUGACUGGGUAUCACACUGGCUUCUACAAGGGUCUAAAGCAGGGCCGGGCAGAGGCUUUGAGACCUAACCUGAAAAAAGGACCUAGGAGAAAAUAGAAGAGCAGCAUGAUCAGAAUACAAGGAUUAUCUCUCCCAUGGAGAAGGCAGAAUUUGCUCACUCAAUCAGGUUCUUCAUUGCACUUCGGACAACCUUCUCCCCUUUUUUUCGCUCUCUGUAUGUGCUCUCAGACACUGAGAUCCCCAGAUACAAUUAUUUGUGAAAUGUGAUUAAUAAAAGAAAAGCUUGUUUCCAGA